AUGUCUCUUCUGGGGGAAGAAGUGGCUACAGUGCAGUACUCCAUAAACGUGUCCCACACUGCAGAACUCCGUGCCUUACGUAACCUGGCCCAGAAAUCAUUUCUUACUAUGUCUCAGCAGGGAAUGAAUGGUUUGGACAUUCUUCUUGUAAUCUGUCUUUUUGCCUCACUGCUGGCCACUCCCCUGGUCCUGAUGGCCAUCUUUUCAAACAGCAGUCUUCGUCGGGAGACCAGGUACCUUCUGCUUGCCAACACUAUGACGAAUGAUUUAAUCUAUUCAAUAUUGAACACCUUUGUUGCUGUCCUUAAUACAGUGAGAGCUGCAAUGCCCAAAGUAAUUUGUGAAUUGAUCUUGUUCCUGUUAACUGUGGCAUAUUCAAAUGGAAUUCUAACAAUCACUGCUAUGGUGGUGGACACUUAUGUGGCCAUUGGCUGGCCUCUUCACUAUCCGCUACUUUUAUCCCGUUCUAGAGCAAUCAAGAUCAUUGCUUGCAUAUGGGUUAUCUCUGUCAGCCUUUCUUCUAUCUUGCUCAUAGUAAUGCUGUGGACACAGGACGAUCCAUUUUCCUUGUUCACAGUGUGUGUGGCACCCUUGGUGCUUUUGUCUUCUCCAUUUGGAACAUUUUUGUUAAAAUGUUCAUUUGGCAUUGUAUUUCUUUAUUUUCUAACAUGCUUAGUAUUAAUAUCAAGUUUCUAUAUAUUGUUAUACUGCAAAACAAAGACAUUGGGGAUAUGGGUGAACAACUCAAGGGCAAAACAGACCUAUCUCAUCCAUUCAAUGCUGUUACUUCUUUAUUUCUCUCCUCUGGCUGUGCUGGUAGUCGGGAUAGUGAUUUAUGGAAUGCACCCAGCUGAGACCCAGGAAGCAAUCUGGAUCAUUGUGUCAGUAAAUGAUAUUCUGAUGUUACCAAAGGCCGUGAGCCCCUAUGUUUACGGGCUGAGAUAUCGAGAGAUUACAAACACAAUCCGAUCAUUCUUCCCUCUGAAGUCAAAAACUCAAGUAAGGCCACUGUGA